AUAUGUAAGCGAAAGUCAUCAUAUAUAUCGGUAUCUAACAAUAGCUACAUAUUCAUAGUGUAUACGUCUUUGCUGUUUUGGACUACAAGAAAAGAGAUGAAGAGAACAGGAUUUUUAGUACUAACGUUGCUAAUUUCAUUUGCAACAACUCUCGAAUGUGCAAAUAAACCACUGACUACUCAAACAACACAAGGAAGGACCGUGACAGUGCUGAGCAUCGAUGGAGGGGGCAUCAGAGGCAUCAUCCCUGGCACCAUUCUCGCCUUUCUCGAGUCCAAGCUUCAGGAGUUGGAUGGACCAAAUGCAAGAAUAGCACAAUACUUUGAUUUGAUAUCUGGAACAAGCACAGGCGGCCUAGUCACAGCAAUUCUCACAGCUCCUGAUGAAGACAACCAACCUCUCUUUGCUGCCAAAGACAUUAACAAAUUCUAUUUUGAGCAUGGACCCAAAAUUUUCGCACUCGACAAUGCAUCCGCCAUGGGGCCAAAGUACGACGGCAAGUACCUAAGAUUGAUAAUAAGGGAAUUAUUAGGCAACAUUACCAUGAACCAGACACUUACCGAUGUGAUCAUACCAACUUUUGACAUCAAACUCCUUCAACCAAUAAUGUUUUCUACAAGUGAUGCAAAAGCAAGAUCUUCAAAGAAUGCAUUACUAGCCGAUGUCUGUGUAGCCACAACGGCAGCUCCUACUGGUUUUCCAGCACACUACUUUGAGACUAAAUAUGAAGAUGGGAAGACACGCAAUUUCAAUCUCAUAGAUGGCGGAGUUGCUGCUACCAAUCCGACUCAGGUGGCCAUAACACACAUUUUCAACAAAAUACUAAAAGGGAAAUUUACAAAGUUAUUAGUGGUAUCUCUUGGAGCUGGUAAAGCUAAGUUUCAGGAGAAGUACAAUGCAAGCGUGGUUUCUCAGUGGAGUCCGAUCAAUUGGAUUUUUGACAAGGGUGCCACGCCUUUAAUCGACGUUUAUAGUGCUGCAAGCACUGAUAUGGUUGACAUUGAAGUUUCUUCACUAUUUGAAGCCCUUGGAGCUGAGAAGAAUUAUCUGCGUAUUCAGGAUGAUAAUCUUAUCGGGAAUACAAGUUCGACUGAUCUGGCCACCACAGCAAAUAUGGAGGCGCUAGCUAACAUAGGAAACAAGCUAUUGGAGAAGUCAGUAGCCAGGGUGAAUAUAGAAACAGGAGCCUUUGAGCCCGUGGCUGGGCAAGGUACCAAUUCUGAUGCUCUAAUUCGUUUUUCCAAACUACUUUCCGAUGAAAAGAAGAUCCGGCUAGCUAACUAGGGAUGAUGACAUUUAGAGGGCGUGAGGAUAUAUACUUAUAGCUGUAAUGCAUAAUAAGUAAGCAUUUCUACUCCGUGGUUUCUGUUUGUAUUUGAGCAAUUGUUGUAAUAAAGUAAGCAUGAUAAACAGUCACACCGGCUAGCUGAUUAGUAGUCAGCUGAAUGCUCGUUGUGUGAUUCUGAUAAGCUUGCAGUAAAUUUGGCGUCGCUUCUUGUUUACUAACGCAUGAAAUAAGAGCUAGUAUUCAUUAUUUCCGCA